AUGCUGGAAGACUGGUCCAACCGAGAUCUUAGUAGAGACGAAAAGACCGAGCUCGAAGGUAUCGCUAAUAUGCGGAGGUUGUCGAUUCUGGUCUUCGCCAAUGCAUCGGUGGAGGACACUGUGCACACGCUACCGGUGAAAGCCACGGAAGAGGGAGACGCCGGACACGAGGAGGCCACCGCCUUGCGCGCCUUCGCCAGCAGCGAAGGGUCGCUCAGCAAGCUCAACUUUCUGGGGGGGCUUGGUGGUGCUGACAAUAUCAGUGCUGCCUUGGUGGACGACAAUGACAAAAAGCUGAUGGUCAGAAUGGUAGCGAGAAAGGGAGAGUCGGUGCACGGUGCUUACCCUUCACACAUCAACCACGUCGUACACCUUCUUCAGUACACCUACCGACUAAAUCGCCCGAUCAGCUUACACGAGGGCUACCACCCGUUGUGCGCUGCCGAGCGCGAAGUUCUUCGCGAGCAUUUCGGCUGCUGGGAUGACAACGAAGACGACCAAGAUGACUACACCAUUUCACUGGUUUCCACCAACUUCUCGGGUGACAAGACGUUUGCGAUGCGCUUCUCGCUGGAAAGCAGUAACGAGGUUCUUCCUGUCAUGCCACCGACUAUGAUUGGGGUACUUUCGAGGGACCCUGACAAGUACGGAACGAAGCUCGAUACUAGCAGCUAUGUGGACACGUUUUCCAAGGUUGCAAAGGCAUUCGAUGUCCUAAAAAUUGUCAUGGACCAAAACGCCGUGGACAACCAAGGGGGCGGCGGUCAGACUGAUGCCGCAAUAGAGAGGAUGUAUGCCCAGAUAAAAUACCUUCUGCACGACAAGAGGCUUCAGGCGGGCGCUCUUGAGGGGAAGAUCAGCGGGUUGACUGGCGUUGCGACAAAGACGAAGAAGGGGAGGGUGCCGCUUGUGACGUUUUCGAACGAACACAACCUGCGCGCGUUGAAGCUUCUCUUCAAGGGACUGUACGUCAAUGGGAUGAAGCCCCUGAUGGAUGCAAUCGCCGAAAUCGACGCGACGUGUGCUGGCAAAGGCGGGUGGUGUUACGAUAUCCUGAGGGCCGCGGAAUUUCCUGCCACGAAUACCAAAAAGAAGGCCGUCGUCACGGUUGAACAACUGGAGGGCAAUGCGAAACAAAGGCUUCUGGUCAUGAAAAUGGUGGAAGCUUUGAAGGAAAAGGGUGUUACUCGCAAGCACUUUGAGCUAGCGAGCGUGUGUGCAUCCGUGCGUGACGUGUUCACAUCGUAUCCACUUCGGAACCAAGGUUUUUACUACCGUCGCGCGACGCACUUACAUGUCAAUGGUCAGAACGAGUCGAAGAACCCCGGUAGGGUGGUUGCCCGACUUCCGGGAAAGAGCAAGGUCAGCAAGCAUGGGAAUGGGAGUGGUGAUGGCGCAGCUCAAGAACAUGUGAUCGACGUCGAUACCGGGGAUUGGUACGCUAUACCGAAUGUCGUCGGACGUGCGUUCCACAGGAGCUUCUCUGGUGACAACAGCAUCGCCUCGCAAUUCAUCGGUCCGAUGGAUAAGAAAGGAAACGAUAUGAAACCGGAGAGGUUCAAGGGAAUAUUGAAGAAGAUCGGGCAAGCCUAUCUGAGCUCUGAAAACAUGAGCGUGACUUCCAUGCGGACGGUAGUUGUGACCCUCGUGAUGGCCGAGUGCACAGCGUUGGGGAUACGGAUGGACGAUCCAAUCAUCAAGGACUUUGCUUCCAGCAUCCUGUCGUCUACGAUGCAGAAGCACUACGAUGCUCACCGGGCUACGAUAAGGCAAAGUAGACGAGUCCAGAGAGGCUACGAGGGCACAAUUGACUUCAGCGGGGGGGCAUAUGGCGUGGUGGAGGGGUCGGAGAAGCGCCGACUUGAAAUGGAGAAGCACGAGAAAGGAAAAGGGGUGGUGUGCGCGAUCGAGAAAACAGAGGAAGACAACAGUGAUCUUCAGCUGCAGUUGAGGUGGUGCAAGCUACAGCUAAAGGAGCGCGAGUUACAAGUGAGGGAGCUCGAGCUACAGAUGAGGGAGCGCGAGUCGAAGAAGAACGAGAACCCGAACGUGAGGCCCGUGGGCACGCUUCAGAGCCAGGCCGAUGGAUCUACAGAUGACCACGACGCAGGCGUGCACCGAAAGACCCUGGCUAAGCAGGAUAUCAAGCCCGAGACUAAAGUAAAAAAGGGAGCACGCGAGGGAAUGCUUGCCUUACUGGAUGCGACCAAGACCGCGCACGCACGCGCCAGAGCAAGGGGCAGUGGUGACGUCUUGAAACACUUGGAUUCGCCUAGGUUUCGCAACGGCCAUUAA